ACCAGAAACACAAAGUUUGGAAAAAUAUAACAUUAAAAAGUAGACAUAACUCAGAAUUGGGGGUGAAGUAAGAGGGUUAGCAGCACCCAAAGAAAAACACACAACACAGGCAUCAAAACGACAGACUUUACUGAAUUCUUCAGCCCAUGCCUAAUGUUGCCCGCUACUGCUGCUCGUCACUGGUAAAGUUAGAAACAUGAAUUUGUAGUUACAAAUUUAGGUAGUUAGUAUGGAAAGAAACGUAAUUACUCGAAAAGUAGAUUAUGAUGAUCGGAUAUCAGAACUUCCGGAUUUUCUUGUCAAUCACAUAAUCUCAUUUUUAGUUAGAUAUAAUCCGGCCCACCUUAUUCGAACGAGCGUGCUCUCCAAAAGAUGGUUUGCCCUAACUGCUUCUUUCCCGAUUUUGGUUUUCGACUUUGAUCGUUUUUCAUACACGGCCAAGGACAGGUUUUUCAAAGAUGUUGCAUAUACAACUUCUAGAUUUUCCCAACAGCAAAAUGUCAUUACUGCCAACACGUUUGACCUUCGUGACGACCUCAAGGAUGUUGCGUAUGCUAGUAUCGUUGACCGAUGCCUUGAAUUAGUACUUAAACAAGGCUUGCAGGUGUUUGUAAUCCAUAGUUGUAGACACUAUUACUCUGUGCAACCACCUAUGUAUCGCUUGCCUAACGUAGUCUUAUCUGUCUCUUCGUUAACGUCUUUGAGCAUACGUGAUUGUGAGAUGCCUUCUUCAUUGAUGGUUGGUGGUGAUGAUGUUGUUAAAGUUCAAGUCAUUGCAGUUCUUGUCUCUUGAAGGUGUCUAUCUUAAUGAGGAGAUGAUCAAGUGUCUGACUGCUGGUUGCCCUCUUGAGAAAUUUAAUGUUUAUCGAUGUUAUGGUUUCAAAAGAUUUUGUGUUUACGGGCUGCAAAAUCUUCGAAAUGUAAAGCUUUACUAUGUGCAUGAAGUCGAGGAAAUAGAUAUUCAAGCUCCAAAUCUAUCUAAGAUAUAUUUAUACCCUACGAGUACAGGAGAUAAACCACCACGUACUAACUUGUUUUCUGGCAAGAAGUUGACAAUGAUUUUCCGCGGAUGUUUAUCUGAACAGUUUGCUGUCUCCUUAUCCAGCUUCCCGUUUCUUGACACUUUAAUAUUGGAACUUUCUUAUAACUGCAGAAAUUUUAAGUUGUCAAGUCAUUCCUUGAGGAUGUCAAGCCUAGAUACACAAAUUGGUUUGGAUAAAAUUGAGAUUGAUACUCCCAAUUUGCAUUAUUUUCAGUACUAUUUCAGACGUCCAAUUGUGCUUCCUUCAAUAAGGAAUUCACGCCCGAUGAAAGCAUGUAUGGAAUGUUACCCAGACUUCCAUUGUGACACUGAUUGGUUCCAGCAGUUUAGGCGAUUUUUGGACAAGUCAAUUAUAUUCAAAGUGUUGAAGUUGAAUAUUUCCAUGAAUUUCAAAGAUGUUGAAGGACUAAAGUUGCUUGACUGGCCACCUUUUGAACUUGAGCACAUUGAGUUGAAAAUGCUUGGCAUAAGUGACUAUUUACGCGUUGUGGAAGCUAAUCUUUGGUGUUGCCGUCCUAAAUCUUUGACUUUAAAGCCAUUCUACAUUUCUAAUGGAAGGCGGGACCAAAUGGUUAAGUUUACAUAAAAGAUGCUGCAACAAGAAGAUAAGGGCAAAACUAAUAUUCAGAUCGUGUUUUCUACUGUCAAAACCGGCAGAUCGGAAGAUGUGUUUAUUACCUUCUUAAAGGAGGAAGUUGGUCAAAAAGCAAGUCAAGAAGCAGGAUAAUGAAUUAGUUGAAAGGUAGGCGAGUAUGUAGAUUUAAUGGUGUAUUAGAUCAAGGAGUUUACCGGUUAGCACAGGAGUACGAAAAUGGGGAAAGUACCGGUAAAGAUAGCAAUUAUGUUGGUUUGGAGUACUUGAUUGCAGAAAUUUGUUAGAAGAAAAACCUUGUGAUGAUUUAUACAUUUCUGUUGAUGGUUUGUACACUUUUUCCUUGUUUUAUUUGGUAUUGGUUUCAAUAUUCUUGACUGAAUCUUCAUUAUUGAUUGUUCAGACAAUGUUCUUUUUUCUAGUUCAAGGGUGAUGUUGAUUGUGGU